AUGUUCAAAUCUUUCACUCUCGCGUCACUUGCCUUGGCAGCACUGUACUGGGUAUCCCCAGUUGUAGGUCAUGGAUAUGUCACCGUACCCCCCAGUCGUCAAGCCCGUUGUCACAACGGAGAAGUUACCCGCUGCGGUGGCGUCGAGUACGAGCCACAGAGCGUCGAAGCUUUAGCAGGUUCAUUUGCCUGCAAUGGGGACGGUCAUCGUUUCCAUGAGCUUAACGACAACUCCUUGUUUGAAAACCUUUUCUUCACCGUCCCAGAAGGAACCGAAUCACUCCCGUUUACCUGGGUGUUACCCGCGCCGCACAGGACGCUUGUUUGGGAGUACUUCGUCAUCACACAGGAAAACGCGUUGUUGCUUUCAGACCCAGGUCACGGCGCGGUACCUCCGCAAAGCUUCACCCAUUUAGUGCCAUUGAAUGGGAUUAAAGGGAGACAGACAGUCCUUGCGCGAUGGACCAUUGCCGAUACCCCGAACGCUUUCUAUGCCUGUGUCGAUCUCCUGAUCGAGGGUUCUGAGACGGCCACUGCUGUUGCUGGAGCAGUCGCCACACCGGUUCCCAUUGCGAUGCCUUACGGGUUCCAUAACUCGCUCGGACACGAGAAUUCCGCCAACCGGUCGGAGUCUGCCACCGCUGAAACGAGUCGCGCUGGUUCCUACAAAGCCAUCCAAAACUUACUCACUUCAUUCGUCAUUUCCAUCGACUGA